AUGGAUUUAAUUUGUCAAGGUAAGAGUUCAUGGCCAGAACUUGUUGGGACGCGAGCACAAGAUGCAGCUGAAAUAAUUGAAAGGGAGAAUUCAUUGGUUGCUACUAUCAUUGUGCAUAUGACUUGCCCCGUUCCCCUUGAUUUCAGCUGCAACAGGGUUAACAUCGUGAUUGACUGUAGCGGCACCGUUAUCACUGUCCCUACGAUUGGUUAG